AUGCUCGAUGUUGUCCAGAGGAGCGAUCUCUGGCUCUCUUCCAUGAUGCCGCCGCGCGAUGUAACUGGCCGAUACGACCCUUCUGCCAGUUCUAUUAACCUUAGGCAGUUCAAAAAUUUGAAUAACAAAAUUUCUUUGGGAUCCUCUUAG